AUGCAGCCAUCCAGUACAGACCGUCUCCUCGAAUCGCUGAUGAGAAUCGAUUCGCGCCAUCUGGAGGACCCGCUCUGGGUUUAUGUCAACAUAACCCGUGAGCUCGUGUGCCUUGAAGAUGCGGCAGUAUGGGCCGUCCGCGACCAGAUCAGAGAAAUCGAAACAGACAAGCGACCAGUAGGUAAACCCGAGCCUAAUUACAGACGUCUUCAUGAUCUGGCGCGCCAUGCGAUUCACGUAACAGAGACACUGGACGUUGUUACGCAUACCAUGGAAAGGAUGCUUGCGCAGCAUCGAGAAUUUCGGUCUGACGUGCUGAACAAGCAUGCAUGGAUGGCUGUGCAUCAAAAACUGCUGUUCUCCAAACACAUGAUCGAAAGUCUGCAGUGCCGUUCCAAAUCGAAUCAAAAGCGACUACAGAACGAGAUCCAGCUUGCAUUCAAUAUUGUUGCUCAAUACGAUUCGGGGGUGUCUAUGAGGAUCGCCCAGGCCGCCAAGGUGGACAGUGCUGCCAUGAAGACGAUAUCUCUCUUAACUCUGGCUUUUCUUCCACCGACGUUUACCUGCGCAAUAUUCAGCAUGUCUUUCUUCGACUAUAGUGGCGAUUCUGGUUGGACUGUUUCGGGCAGGAUUUGGCUUUAUUUCGUCUUUGCGAUUCCUCUCACUUUGGUAGCGUCUAUGGUGUGCUAUUUUUGGCAGAGGAUAUUCCCUGCAGAGGCAUUUGAUGAGUCAGUGCCCGGUAUUAAUCCUGUAAUAUCUGCCUGA